UCGGGCCAAAAAAGGGCACGAAAAACCUUCGGAUGAGUCGUCCUUUGAGGAAGGCGAUGGGCGAUCAUCUGUCGGGGGUGGGGUAUCAAUGCAGCAUGGGCAGGGGGGGUUACGGCAAGGCGUCGAGAACGGAUGGACAUCAGCCGGGGGUGGGGUUUGAGUACGGAAUGGACAGGGGGGGGUAUGGCGAGUCGCCCAGAUCGGAUGGAUACCCCAUCGAUCCGGCGGCGUACGCCCAUCUCCCUUCGUAUAUGCAGCCAUUGCCGGGCGACACGAAUUGGGAGCCGCCUCCAUCCACCCUCCCUCUUGCGUGGGGGUCGACGCAGACAUCAUACGACAGUGGAGACAGGGUGGGUGAGCGAAGCGGCUCCCGUGGCCCCAUGUCCGCUCUCCUGGCUGGGGAGGGCGACGAAACGGCCCCCCCGCUGGGGCUUCGUCUGUCGAAAAGCUGCGGAAUGGAGGGUUCCAGAACCGUUCUCGUCGACCACGGGACGCAUAGCCAUGGUCAAAUUUCCGUGACGAUGAGGGACGCUGGUGAAGACAGCGCGUGCAGGUCAGUGCAAGGACGGCGGUACAGUACUGCAACGAGUGUCUGUGCACCGCCGACGGCUUCUGCAGGUGGGCGGGGAGGGGGGUCGUCGCCAGCACCUCCAUCCCCCCCAGUUGUGGAGAGGAUAGUGGCAACGUUCAAGAGACUGCCAACCGGCACCGGCCGCGAAGGUGGCGGGCAUGGCGGUGAUUGCAUCGGAGACAACGAAGGGGGUAGCGACGAGGACGAGAAGACAGAUGUAAGAGAGGUUACUCCACGUCCAAGCAAGAAGAAGCCAUCGAAAAGCCGCGCGUCGAAAGGCAAAGAAAAGGCCGUCGGUGGUAACAGGACCUGUGCGAAUUGGGAUUUGAACGACUCUCUCCUUCUCGUGCGCUGCAAACGGGAUCAGGAGGACUAUCUCGCAAAUGUCGGCCACAACUUCGCACGGAUGAAGACGAAGGAAUGGAAAUGGAUGGACAUUGCGAAGAGGAUGACGCAGCAAGGGGUUCGGAACAGGGAUUGGGAUUCCGAGAACGCGGAAGGGGAUGGGGGCGAUGGCGCCCGGAGCAGAUCUUCAGGCAGCUUGCCUACAGGGAAGCAGAAGAACGCCCGUCAACUUGCGUUCGACGCCGUGACGGAUGGGAUGAAAACGCCUUCGACCGUGGUCGCGGAAUCUGUUGACCGCGCAAGCAAGCGGCAGUGCGAAGUCCUUCAAAGGCAAUGCGACAUCAUGGACCGGGAGGCUUCGACGCAGGAGAGGCAGUGCGCAGUGCUGGAUCCCGGGCAGCGAAUGUUGUGCGAUGCUUUGCUAAAGAUCGCAUCCGCUCUCUCGUUGCCCAUGGACAUCGUCGUCGCGCUGAGGGGGCGUGUGCUGCGGCGGUGCAGCAUCUUCUAUGAGAUGAGGCAUCGGCAUGGCAAUGCGUACGGACGGGAGUUCGACUUCAUGGCGAGCGUCACCCAUCACGAAAUCCGGCACUACGAGGUCGAUACCGAUGGAGACACUUAUCUCCAUCUAACAGUGGGCUUCGUUUUCACGCGGGGACUGCUCCGGCAGGUGGUAGGUUUCGCCAUGAAAGUUGGGACGGCGAUCCCUGAUCGGUGGGAUAGGGGCGUCGAUGUUUUGGCUGAAAUCGUCGACCUCCUUGUCUGGAAUGUGGCGAUGGAGUACGGUGAGCGCUUGAAUGAGCCCGCAGUGUACAGGGUCCACGUCGACCCCCCCUUGGAGGGGCGGGAACAUCUCCACGACGAGCUGGGCGAAAUCGGGGAGGAGUUCUACUAGCCGCUACGUCCGAUUCUCGCGAAUGGGCAAGACAGAG